GAGUACUGCCGGCAGCGAGGCCUAGUCGGUGGCGGGGGGGGGGAGCGAGCCGGGCCCGCGGCCGCACCAUGUCCACCUGCCACAGCUGCGCCGCCGCCGCCCGCCUUCUGGGCUCUACGCUGCCCUCCGCGCGGAGAGGUAUUACUUGUGGUCGUACCCGCAUUCCUGUGCUAGGAAAGCUUGGGACUUUUGAAACUUGCUCUUUAAGACGAAUUCCUCUUAGAAACUUUUCGGAAACACCAGCAUAUUUUGCUUCAAAGGAUGGUGCAAGCAAGGAUGGUUCUGGAGAUGGAAGCAAGAAGUCUGUCGGUGAGGGAGGUGGUAAAAAGUCAAGCUCUGGGAAAGGAGGGAACCAGCUGCGAUGCCCGAAGUGUGGUGACUUGUGCACACACGUGGAGACCUUUGUGUCUUCUACCCGUUUCGUGAAGUGUGAGAAGUGUCACCAUUUUUUUGUUGUACUGUCAGAGGCAGACACAAAAAAGAGCAUCAUUAAAGAGCCUGAGUCAGCAGCAGAAGCUGUCAAACUGGCAUUCCAGCAGAAGCCGCCGCCUCCACCGAAAAAGAUUUAUAACUACCUCGACAAAUACGUUGUUGGUCAGUGUUUUGCCAAGAAGGUGCUUUCAGUUGCCGUGUACAAUCAUUACAAGAGAAUCUACAAUAAUAUCCCAGCUAACCUGAGACAGCAAGCAGAAGUUGAAAAGCAGACCUCUUUAACACCAAGAGAAUUAGAAAUCAGAAGACGGGAGGAUGAGUACAGAUUUACAAAACUACUGCAGAUUGCUGGAAUCAGUCCACAUGGGAAUGCUUUAGGAGCAUCGAUGCAGCAACAAAUGAACCAGCAGAUACCUCAGGAAAAACGGGGAGGAGAAGUACUAGAUUCACCCAACGAUGACAUAAAACUUGAAAAAAGUAAUAUUUUGCUGCUUGGACCAACUGGAUCAGGUAAAACCCUGCUGGCUCAGACUCUAGCUAAAUGCCUCGAUGUACCUUUUGCUAUCUGUGACUGUACUACCUUGACUCAAGCUGGUUAUGUUGGUGAAGACAUAGAAUCUGUCAUUGCAAAGCUCCUGCAGGAUGCCAACUACAAUGUAGAAAAAGCUCAGCAAGGAAUUGUUUUCCUGGAUGAAGUAGAUAAGAUUGGCAGUGUUCCUGGCAUUCAUCAGUUAAGGGAUGUCGGAGGAGAAGGAGUUCAACAAGGCUUGUUAAAAUUACUAGAAGGCACAAUAGUAAAUGUUCCAGAAAAGAAUUCUCGUAAACUACGUGGAGAAACGGUGCAGGUUGACACAACAAACAUCCUCUUCGUAGCUUCUGGUGCUUUUAAUGGUCUUGACAGAAUUAUCAGCAGGAGGAAAAAUGAAAAAUAUCUAGGAUUUGGGACACCAUCUAAUAUGGGAAAAGGCAGAAGGGCUGCAGCAGCAGCUGAUCUUGCUAAUAUAAGUGGAGAAUCUGAUGCACAUGAAGACAUUGAGGAGAAGGAUCGCUUGCUGCGCCACGUGGAAGCCAGAGAUCUCAUUGAGUUUGGCAUGAUCCCCGAGUUCGUGGGGCGGCUGCCUGUGGUGGUUCCUCUGCACAGCCUGGAUGAGAAGACGCUCGUCCGGAUUCUUACUGAGCCACGGAACGCUGUGGUCCCUCAGUACCAGGCCCUCUUCAGCAUGGACAAGUGUGAAUUAAAUGUAACUGAAGAUGCAUUGAAGGCUAUAGCCAGACUGGCCCUGGACAGAAAAACUGGUGCAAGAGGUCUUCGAUCUAUAAUGGAAAAGCUGUUGCUGGAGCCUAUGUUUGAAGUGCCCAAUUCUGACAUUGUAUGUGUGGAAGUUGACAAAGAUGUUGUAGAAGGCAAAAAAGAGCCAGGAUACGUUAGGGCUCCAACUAAAGAUUCAUCUGAAGAAGAAUACGACUCUGGCGUUGAGGAGGAAGGAUGGCCUCGACAAGCAGAUGCUGCACACCAUUAAAUGCUGCCUGCACAAAGCACGCUGGGCUGUCUCCUACAGGCAUUGGAUCUCUCUCGGCUAUGAUACCUGAUGAGGAGCUUCAUUAGCUAAAUCAGAUCGUGUAUCUUACUGCAACAUCACAUUGAUUCCUUUGAUGGACGUUGUGUGGACUUCAGAGAUGAAUUGUGUAUUCCACUUGUUCAAUUAAAACCUAUAGCAAACACAGCAGCACCUGGGUUGCUCUUUGUAGAAGCUAAACCAGCAACUUAGGUGCUGCCAAUAGUUAGAUUUGACAAUAAUGUUACUCUACAAAGGGGAAAUCAAGAUUACUAAUUAGCAGAGGGUGAUUAAACAAUUAGCUCCUCAUGCGACUCACAAAGGGUUAUGCUCAGGUCAGUGUUAGAUUUCUGCUGGUGUUUGAACGCUACUGGGUGCUGGAGUGACCUGUUACACGGGUGGGGAAGGAACCCCUGGCCACAGGGGUUGGGGAAAACUGGGCCACACUUUAUGACACCGCUGGGAGAUUUCUGCUAAAAAUGUGACACUAGUUUGUUACAGUGAUUUGAAUGCAAUCUCGAAUUAUAUCCUUUCCUUCACCUCUCCACUGGGAGUAAGUUUCAGUCACCUGGAAUACUGUGAAAGGAGGUGAAGCCUGUAAUUUGCUGAUUUUCCCAGAAGGGUACACAGGAUUUCUAGGAGGUGGUGAUCCAGCUGAAUUUGGACGAGAAGUCCACAAUCCAUGUUUUUAACUCUUAAUGUUCUACUAUAGUACAUUUUGUUUAACUAUUCAUGCAUCAAUUUUUUGGUGCCAGGUAUUUGCCCAACCUAUCUUAUAAUGUUAAGAGACGAAAGAAGUUAAAUGUAUCAUAAGGUUUUUGCUGUAAUGGGUGGUGACCGUUCCCAUGACACAGUGCUGUUUAAGUUAUAAGCUCCAAAUGCUACUAUUGCGUCUCGUGGGUUCGUCUUUGAGUUGUUUUAGUCUCGCAGCAACACAACCCUCCCUCAUCUGUUCCACACCAAAAUUCACUCAAUCCUUUAGGAAAGCCUUUGUAUAAAAAAACCCACAAACGCUAAAGGACCUGUGUAUGGUUUUGAUUUCAUUUGGGGAAUUAAAAAUCCUUACUUUCAACUUUUCUUUGUCCUUUGGUGAUAUGUGGACUUAUAUUUUACCAACCUACUUUUUUUUUCCGCCUAAAGUUUGAAUUUACACUGUUCAGAUAAAACUUUUCAUCGCUCUUUUCAGUCUCGUAGAUGUUUUAGGUCAGGAAAGGAUACUGCAGGUGCGUUGACCCUAUUUUUGUUUGGUUUUGUCAUGUAAAUGUGAUGUCCUUGUGGUCUUGCCUUGAAGCAGUGCGACCUGCAGCUGUAGCCAGAUGCAACAGAUACUUCCCGCAGGAUUUCAGGUUAAAUGACUCUUUUUCUUUCAGGUGACUCACUUAAUGGUUCAGAAAAAUCUGCAUUUGGAGUUGAGAAUAUUUCUAGGAGCAGCUUAGUCCCCUUGCAAUGGGAAUCUCUGGUGAACUAUCUGUAGCUGCAUCCUCACUUUCCUUUUUGUAGAGUGAAUUAAAAAAACCCAUGUAACCGCUUUUACUUAUGAAUCCUUCAGUCCUUUUUUAAAUGGGUGGAAAAACCAACCUUUUACGUGAAAACUCUUCUUCAACAACUUAGUUUUGAAAGUUGUUUGGAAUUCUGUAACCAAGAACUGUUUUUAAGGAAACAAAAUGCCAUGUAACUACAGUUUGUACUUCACCUCUGGCGUUUGAAUAAAACAAAGCAAAUAAUCAA